GAGAGGAAAUUUCCCACCAUUGGAAGAAAAAGUAAACGAAAUAGCGUCCAAGGGUGGCUUUUACCGCCGUGGGCACUGCCAAACAUCCGGUUUGCAACCGCAUUUGCACGCUCACAGCUAGUAUAAACGAAAGUUGAGCGUCAUGGCCUGGCAAACUGAAAGCUGAAAUGAAUGACGUUGUUGUCCGCUUGAAUUAUAUAUGGUACCGCGUUCUGCUUCAUCCCCUUUGGUAUCCCAGCGCUGUGAAUUAGGCUUAUUUCGUUACCAUCGUAGGUGCAGUGUUACCCUCACGUCUUUUAGCAGCCGUUCUUUGGGUUACCGCUGGUUCGUGUUGCAUAGUAUUGAAGGGAGACGUGGAGUCUAUUUCGAGUAACCCAUUCAUUAGGAUGUCGCUGCUCUGUGCCAUCUGAGACCUUGGACUUACUUCAGUAGGCAGUAGAAAACGAACCGUACACGUACAUACGGAUAAAUUAACAUGUGUCCGUACGUUUGUCGCGGUGGGUAGUUCUCUCUCUUUUAACACCGCAAUAAGUCAUCCCCGUAUAUAAGCAGCUGUUUAUUUCAGCUAUGCGUACGCACACUCGUGGAAUGCAACAGAAUCUACAGCCUACAGAGGUAUGCUCUCUGUUCCCACUGAUUAAGAAAUGUCCCGCGAACCUGGUUUUUUAAGCCAUCGUUCUGUUCUCGGGAAGUGCGAACUCCUAUUUCGCAUCGCAUCAGAAAAACGGGAAAUGGAUGAUUUGAGUCGUCAUGUGUCUUCACUCGUCAGAACCGUUUCCCUUCCUCGGGCCUCUUAACCCUCGUCUCUCCAGUAAGGUUCCUUGACAUAGUGUUCAUAAGGAGUACAUGACGAUUGGUGGGGUCGCAACGAGGUAGACGAAACAAAUCUGCUCAAAUUCGAUUUAACAGGUUUCCUGUCAGUGUCACCAACCGGCACACUCGCCAGGAGACAAGUGCGUCACCCGACUGUGGAAAAAAAGCAUAGUGCCCCCUGUUGGAACUCAGAAACGGAUCCCCGGAAAAAGAAAAGGUCGAACCUGACCGGGGUUAAACCUCAUCUAGAAAGCAUCAUCGAUGGGUGUUCCAACGCUGUCCUCCCCUAUGGAGCAAGAAGACUGAAAUAUGUUUAUUACCCGUGCUCGUAUCGUCGAUUGCCAAAACUUCUGGCGUCGCGACGUCGCCCCCGUCGGUGGUAAUCUGAAGAAGGGCAGUUUGUACCGUCUUCUGCGUCACAGAACGAGGUAUACACUAUUAAACGGCAACAACGAUUGAACCCUUCUUGCGACAGCCGCUGCACUGAGGAGAUCCUAAAUUCAGUUGCCCGAAAAUCGAGGCCGCAUUCACUCGUUAUCUGGUACUUAGAUUUGGCGACAAAAACCUAGUCAGAAAAGAUGACUCUUCAGUGACAUAAUUCUACCCGCUAGCCGCUUAUUUGCUGAGGCCUCACUGACUGACGGGUGGCGUCACCCUCAGCCACCUGUACUGGCAGAGCUGGUAGUCCCCCUCUACGAGCUCUACGAAGACUUGACUGACUGCACCGCCAAAUGCAUGGCGUGCGGUACGCAACCUUGCUUCCCCGCCGACAUAUAUCUGUCGCCCCUCUUGUCAUGAGACCCGGACAACCCAACCCAAACGCCCGUUGCUACAGUGACUUCGGUUUUAAUCACGACGCGGACUCAAAUCGCCCCCGAUUAACCUAAAACUUCUUUGCAACGUGACUCCGACAGUAAAUGGCAUCCACAACUAAUAUGGUGGAAGAACCUUGUAUGGAAAAGCGGUGCAAACUGUCGUAAAAUCCUUCACGAUCCCUCACAAUAGAGCUAACAUCCACCUGCAAGGUGUGUAGUGAUGCGGUCUUCUCUCGCUCCAUGACCGGGAAGUUCGCUCCCUGCAACACUUGUGAAAUUUACCAUCAACCUCAGUCUUUUUCGAAUUAAACCAUCCAAAGGCAAACGGCGGAGACAUUCCCUGGCAUUGGAACUCCUAGCAACUAGGGGUUCAGUGCGUGCCACAACAGGCGCUUGAGGUCGCAAUGACACCUCUAAAACGGUCGCUUCCUACGCAACAUACACACACGAUGCCGUAUGUGCUUCUGAGACCUGCCUAAAACAAACAUUUACUGUCAAUAGCAUCAGGCGAACCAGCAUCCUUGACAGCCACGCUCUACUGGCAGGGUCAUUCAGAUUGAGGUCGAAACAAUGACUGAGGGUAAUCUUUCCCUCACAUGUACCGGAGACGCCUGGUCGAAAAUGUUGGUCCCACCGUGAAGCAUUUUUUUAAAGGCUUGACGCACCCCGAUUGUACGUAGGCACCCCAACACAGAACCAUUGGCCUGCUCCACCGGGCACGCGAAAGCUCACUCGGCUAAUUGCCCGACGGAUUCGCGCUCAACGCUUUUACCAGUUUGUGCCUUACACACGUUCGGGUCCAACAUUAACUAUAUCGAGCGAGCAAGGAUUUCGCAACAGCGUCGGAUUUGGUGAGUCGGACCGCCAGUGGCGGUGGCUCCGCAGUGAUAGGCCGGAUCGAUUUGAACACCGGGAGAAUCGUAUUGCGGCUCACGUUAACAGCACCGCCGCAUAGGAGCGAGUCAAGGAGGCUUGCCGCAAGCCAGCGGUGCCACCCUUCGUCUCUGUUGUCCAACGGGUGGUCUCGGCAGUUGACCGAGUGCCGUCUCUGAUCCAGCGCGUGUAGACGGGUGCGCUAAUGAGGAGACUACAGGUAGGUUUCACUUUUUGAGUGCUGUGGUAUGUUCUGAGCACCUUCCCUAUGAAAAUGCAGUGCAGUAUACUGAAUGCCCUGGUUACAUGUUUCAUUGUGACACCUCUGCGAGCGAGAAGCUUCCCCAAAUUCCGAGCCACACUGCCAGUAAAGUGUGAGCGGGGGUCAGUAUUUCCAAAACGCUGUGACGGAACCUUUCUCCCUGAAGGUGUCGGGGCACUAGCGCCACUUUGGCUCGUGGAACACGUUUGGAUUUCCUUGGGGAAAGAUGGCUUUUGCCGCUUGUGACUGGUUGUAUGGACGAAUGUAACACAUACCAGAGGCUGUCAAAGACAAUUUUGGACCACUGAAGACGUUGUCGCUUUCUGUAGUACCACAAGUUCCUUCUGUGUCAUCUCCGCGGUGUUCUUGUUGCCCUUGUAGGAUAGUAGUUGGACGGCGGGCGACAGAUGAAAGCUGGCGCUCGGGUGAUAGUUCCACCCAGGUGUUUUCAGAAAAACACAUCGACCUGAUCUGUUUUUUCUGUUCCCCCUGUGUUCGGGAGGGUGCUUGUUGAACGCUGAACCCGUGUCUAUAAAUAGUUCUCUGCUUUUGUAACUGUGAAAUGAAUCCACCACAGGAUGAAGGCACCAUUUGUGCAUAUGGUGGAAAUCAUGUGUCUUCGUGGACUCUCCCCCGUUUCCUGUCGGUUCGGAGACGUCAGUAGCGAGUAGCACGUAUGGUACUCGUGCUACAGUUGUGUGAUCAUCAACGUGUGUGCACAGAGUUAGAAGUUGCAUUCUCGGAAACUUUGACUUGCAUUCUGCCGAUGCUUUCGUUUGCUGCAGAUGUCGUGAGGCUCGUCGCAUAUCGUUGACGGUCCCUCACAUCUUAGUCAUACACGGAUUCUCGGCUGUCACCUAUUUUCGGUAUCGCCGCAUGCAUGGAUUCCACCAUGUCUCUCUUUCAGUGUGCCUAAUUAAAGGCGUCAGUUCUUUUGUUGUUGGCAAUUUGUUGAUAUUCCUCGCGUCCACUGAGCCUCCACUUUGCAGCCACUCUCUUCGUGUGCAAAGGGUUAUAACUGUUUUUGCCGAAACAGGGGAAGUCAGCUGUGUCAUCGUUCAGGGAUGUGCCACGCGAUCGGUUGCAAUAAUAAAAUUGCAUAAGAAGGUAGUUUGGAACGGACGUUCGGGUACCAAGUCUGAUGCACUUCGGAUCAAGUUGUUUAGGUGGACGCAACGAGCGGUGGGAUGCAUCUUUCCCUCUGUAUGCGUGUCUCUUCAACGUCGUCGCUUGCUCCAUCACUCGCGCCGAUGCCUCCCCGUUCGCCCUUCAGUCAGGCAACGGCAUCACGGGGGGCCUUCGCGUGCCCUCCUUCGGAGAGUCAGCAGUACUUCGCUUCAGUAACGUUUCCGCCACUGUCAUCACUUGCUCCGUCGUGCGGAUCCCCGGCCUGUGGUAGCCCUCCGUCGGUGUUCAGUUUGACUUCUGGGACACCAAAUUCAACCGGCACCGUCCAGCACAGCUCCACGGGUGCAAAUCCCAGUGGAAGCUCAACACCACUUUCUGAAGCUGUUAGCUUCCGUGGAAGGCAAGUUGUUUCUAGCCCGUGGGGCAACGCCCCGAUUCAACUGGGACGUUCUUUGCAGACACAAUCGGCCAACAUGCAGGCAUCAGGGGUAGGCAUGGGGAGCGGUUCUGCAGGGCAUGUUGGGUCCCCAGUGGCAAGUACCCCAUCUGCUUACGGUGCGUCACCAGGGUUUCCUUGCGGAGGAACAGGGGCGUCUGCCUUCGCACCAUUCCAGCUUCCACAGCCGUUGCAUCCCCUUGGGCCAACCCUAGUCCCCGCAGAGAUGGGACAUAUGUGUGGAAGCGCAUCGUUGAACAACACAAUGCCAGGACCGUCGGCGGGUCCACAGGGACCCGGCGGCUCGCCGGGGAUGUUCCCUGGUUGCGGAGUAAGAAACGGAAGAAGUAUGUUUGGUUCGGUGAAUUUGGUAGGGGCAGUUCCAUCGGCGGCGCCAGUUCAGGCAUCAGGUGUACCUAUUUCUCGCCAUUUCGAUGUACGACGUCCGGCUCCUUUUGACCUCGCCAAAUUUGACCGACGAGACCCGCACGUCCACUUCUACCUACCAGUGGAUUGUCCCCAUAGCAGGAGGUGCCCGGAUGGCUGCUGCCCCUUAGCCCACACGAAACUGGAGAAAAUUUUCCACCCGAUAGUAUACAAGACUCAGACGUGCCAGAUGUCAUUGAGUAGCCGAUGCGAAUACUACAGCAAGUGUGCGUUCUACCAUAACGACAAAGACCGUCUCGAAGCCGACUCAGCAUGGCGUUUGUGGGAACAUCGGUGGAGUUCGUGGCGGCAACAAGUUGACCAAAUUCUGGGAAUGCACAAUAAGUUAGAGAAGGAAAUUAAGCGCAAAGUUGACGGAAUCCUAAAGAUCAGGAUGCCCAGGCAACAGUCGUUUCAACGCCAGCAACAGCAGCGGCAAGCCGCUCUUGAUGCACAUGCAGUGGAUCUGAAUCAGGCUACAACCUGUCACCAAGAUGCGCAGUCCCGCCACCAUGGUUCGAGCCCAGUGUAUGAACCACAUCACCACUCCUCUUACCAAAGGCUGAUGCACGGCGCACAAUCGCAGCAGCAAGUCAUUUCGCCCGUCGUUCAGCAGAUGACGAGAAAUACCACAGCGCCUCAAGGUUUCCAGAGCCUCUUGAACAUCCAGCAGUCAGCACUACAUAUCGACCACGAUAAAGAUGCUGGCGGCAUAGGCUUUCAAAUUCCGGCGGGUACUGCCGCAGAGAGUCACAGGCGAACGUCAGGUGACCCAGCGUGGCUCUGGGUGGCUGAUAAUUCUGGCCAGGUGGAUGUGAGGAGAAGCGGGAUCGAGAUGCAGGGGACUUACGGGACCUCGUUUGGUUUCCGCCAUACGGCAGGCGGGCCACUUUCCGGCGAACACGCAGUUGGACGCAGUGAUUCUCUGUUGUUUUCGUCUGACAACGGGGACGGAGCUGGCUCUAGGAGCCUUUCAAAUCUGAGUGGUCGUCAAGCGCAGAAGCGAGAAGAUGGAGAAACGGAUGGUGGAUCAGGAAAUCGACAAGAAGGGUCAGCAGACUCGUGUGUUGCCAGGUCUUCGCCUGGUUUGCAUCUCUUCCCUGGAGAGCAGCGAGGCCGCCAUAACAGGGGGCUAGAUGUAUCUGCGGGUAGUCCGGCAGUUUUAGCUCCGCGGAGAGGUCCACGGCAACACAUGGACGGGGAUGCAUCUGGACUCUAUAUGAGGCAAGGAGAGGUUCCUGGAUGUUUCCGAAUUGACUCUAGCGUUCAGGAUUAUCCGGAGGGCAUUUGGCAUAUUGGCACGAAACAGUACGCAUCGUUCCGUCCCCAUGAUGCUUCUAGGGGAUGUGUAGGUGACGCAUACAUCCACUCGGAUAGUAUGGGCGUCGUGGUUGAGGAUGGCCACAGUGGUGAACUGGAUCUUGCCGCGCGUGGCGGUGGUCGCCGCAGAGAGGAGGAAACUGUGUGCUCCCUGGCACCGGGCUCCGUAGCUUCUUCCUCGUCCGAAGACUUCAAGCAAGCUGAGCGCCAGCGAUAUCUUAGCGAAACCAUUCAUUUCGGCACUGUCCAAAUGGCUCCUGUUCAAGCUGUUCCUGGCACGUGGGCAGCUGGAGGCGGGCGCAUGGGAGGGGGUCUCCAAAGCUCGGCGAGAGGUCAGCACUUCCUCGGUGAGUCGGGGAACAGCCGCGACUGUGUGACCGGCGAGGGCAAGCCUUCCAGUGAGGUGUCUAUCACCUCUGUGGAUGCGUUUUUAACAGGCGCAUCCAUCGUGCCGGGAGCCAGUUCGUCCGCAGCCGAAAGACUCGACGGGAACGCCACGUCAGCUGAUUCUACAGAAGCCAAGGCCAUGAAAUUAAUGGGAACUCGGGUAUCUCGAGGCCCCAUGAUAGACGGUUGGGACCCAACAGGCACAGCGGCAAGCACUCGACGGUCUUCUGUGGUCACAGGGUCAAAUAGAGCUCCCGGCGCUGAUGCAACGCCCAGGUCCUCAGGAGUUCCUGCGUCGGGGUCAGUGAGUAGUGGGGGAGACGGGACAGACAUGGUAAUCCGAGUUUGUCCGCAACCGCCUCAGGUGCGACAGGGUCUAGGAUCCGCAGAGACUGCAGGAGCGCAGAGAGCAGCGAGGUUCUGCAUAAACGACGACAUCGCUAGCGCACCGGCCCCAGACGUUGAAGAAACCGGGUCACCAGACAACAAGGGGUCGCCGUCCACAGGAAGUCUAGAUGAGAGAAUUAACAGCAGCGGAGAAGCUGAAGCGAUGGCAGAGAUGACAGGCAGGAACCCGUGUAGUUUGAAGGAAGAGACGACUGUUUUGUCAGAAGAUGGAGCGGAUCGGAAGAAGGAAGACUCACGAGACGCGGGGGGAAAGGUCGAUGGUCCGUGUCAGGAAAUAAUUGAACAUCGGCGACUGCAGGAGAAACGUAAUCUUGAAACGCGUUCGAGGGAGCCUGACACUGUACGCUACACAUGCGGGCAGGUUCCGGGGGCCGGGAGCUCUUCACCGGUUCGGACAGUAUCUCAUGUGGAGACCUCGGAGAUACCCUCUGGUGUGCGCCACGAGUUGACUCUACGGCAGAACCAGGCACAGGUAGCUCCACAUGCAACCGGAGCAACUCUUCCAUCGGCAGGAGCAGAUUAUUCUCCGUACACGCUCCUGGACUUUUGCUUUCUUGACGACGAUAAUGAAGGCAGCACCGGAUUUCGAACGCGUUUCAGCUCCGGAGGUGCCGACAGCAGCUCCGCUGGUGGCUCAAGUUACUUUCGCGUCCACGUCGGAAGCAGUACCGGCGCACAGGGUGAUCGGACAGUUGGUGCGUCUUCGCAGUCUGAAGGGCUAGGUCCUCAGGGUGUUGAGAGCAAUAGGGAGGGGAGCGCAGUAGAGGAAGAAGGCAGGGCCGAGAGCUGUAGAGAAGGAGUGGGACACUUGAUCAACAGCAGCGGGGCCGGUCGCUCGAAAAUAGAACAGUUGCCGAAGCAUGGAUUUACUGCAGUUGCUAAUCCAGACUACCCAACAUGGAACACAGGUGCAUCGCCGUUUGCUUCUAGGACAGCUGCUCGGGGCGAAGAGGGUUCGUAUCGGACAGAAGGCGGUAACUCAUUAGAAGGCGCAGGGUCGUCGUCCGGCUUGUUCAACGCCAAAGGUGGGGAGUUUUAUUGGCUCGAGUCGACAAGUGGGAAGGCGAAUCCGGGUGAAAUGUGCGAAGCAGGCCAUGGCGAUGUACGUGGCGCUGCCUCGGCAUCGGCAGGCAAGGAUGUAUUUAUUCAAGCGCCACAACAAGUGUGCGGUUCUGAACGAGUACCUGAGGACUUUUCGCUUCUCAGUCCAGGAACACCUGCCGUGAGAAUGGAAGCAUUGGCAGCAGAUCCGAGAUUGCGGCAGCUCUCAGAUGACAUGCCUUCUCGAGUAUGCGUCGUCCUCAAACCUGAGGAGAAUCCGCAGGGAAGCUCUGGAGCGCGGUUCACAUUCGUAGCUGAAGGCGGCGCCGAGGCGGGUUCCACUGGAGGGUCGAAGCCGAGGAGCCUAGAGACUGGGAACGGGCUACCACAGGAGAAACUGCAUAGCGGUAGGGGGUCCGAUCAGUCGGGCGAUUUCGCAGAGAGGAUGGAAGAGGCGGCAGCAACUGGAAGCGGCCGGAUGUUUCACGAGACGCCGUCAGGGAGUUACAGGGAGAACAUCUCACUGCUUUACAGUGCCUACUCACUUCCCGAGAUGGCACACCCUGAACCGAUAUCCCAACAGCUGACUACUUCCGUGGCCCUGCCAGAAACACAGACAUGUGUUGAAGGAGCGACGGUUCCCCAGAAUGAAGACACGAAGCCUGAAUGCGCCAGUUAUUCCGGCCAGAGUGUCCAGUGCCAGGGAAGCCUACUGUCCACAGAAGGGGAAGCCGAACUGGGCAACAGUGGUGGAACGAAAGAGAGUUGCUUUCAGGGGGAGGGCCGAGAGAAGGCAACUAACGCCCGUUUCUGUCAAGACGUCUCUGAGCCACUGGACGGUCUUGUGCCGAGCACCGAGACACAAGAAGGGGGAAAAAAUAUGGAAGACAGUGGACUACAGACCACUCCGGGUUUCCUGCCAGAGUUUUCGUCUCAGCCGUAUACAAGACCUGCAGCAGCUUCCGACAAAGAGCGUUCCUGUGAAGUUCAGCUGCGGGGUAUCACACAUUACGAUCGAGGGCGGCGUUCGACGGUAGCGAGCCUUAUGGAGACUGCCAGUCGCAGCAGCACUUCAAGUACUGGUUUUGAGGAUGUCCUGGCUCGAGGAGAUACUUCAUCAGUGGGGUUGUGUUUUCCCUCUCGUGCCAGCAGUUUUUCCACGGGUGGCAUUCCUGGACUUGCGCUUGUUUCGAGAAGCAGUAGCUGUGGAAGUGCCUUCGGUGUGAGACCCGGCGAACGGACGAUUGAUAGUCUGUCUAUAGGUGCAUCUUCCACGUCUCCCGAAUCUCUGGCUCUCGCCAGCCCGAUUUCAGGCUCCGGGAUGGGAUCGCUCUCUAGCGUUCCAGAAGAGAGGCACAUGGGACAUAGAGAUGGUUGCUGUGAAGCCUCAUGUGAGUUUGGUGAUGUCAUCCUCGAGCCCCCGUUCUUAUCUUUAGCAGGCUCUCUUUCAGCGGGGGGGAUCGGUGGAGGAGAAGCAGCAGUGACAGCGGGCGAAGCAGGAAGGCGAGAAUGUGACGAACAGCAACCCAAGCUGUUACGCGGUUCAAACCUGGCAGGUGAACGAGGACCUGAUGACGGCUGUCAGGUCAAGUCAACAGAAGAGCAAGGUGUUCAAGAGGAACGCGUCGGAAAGGGUUGUGAGGCCACAGGUGGUAGCGUGAAGGAGGAACGCGGAGCACAGCCACAUGAGUAUUUGCAAGGAGGCAGUAUCGACCACAUCCACAGCGCUAAAUGCUCGCAUUGCGUAUAUUAUCAACAUCUGACAGAACACUUGAAAGGCAUGCUUCACACAGCGAUGGAGGAGGUACAGCGGCUGCGCUGUGGACCCGGGGUUCCACAGGACUACGGUAAGGAUCAGGGGAGCGCAGUGGGCGGUUUUGAGAGAGAUCUGUUUUUGGCGCCGGGGGUCUCACAGUGUGAACGAAGCCUAGAUUAUUAUCAAGAUCCUGUCACACCUGGAGCAAGUCUUGUCUUUCCGGUUUCGUCUUUUGCAAAUACACAUUUAACUCGGGCGGAGGACUCUGGCCUUGACGCGGCGGUUCAGACUCCGUCCCUGCCAACGGUGAGCGAUGGGGAUACUUUAGGAGCAGCCGUGAACGGCGUGGAAGAGCAGGCGGUCGAAGUGUGCAACAUGAUGGAUGUCCUGGCGGGGAUUCAGUCCGAUCUGGGGCCGUUGGAAGUGCAGUCUUCGCUGCACGACCAAGGUGGGGAGAGCCCAGAGAACGAGGGGGAGGCGGUGACCGGUUUCGACGGGGGAGAAUUGCGUCGAACGUCUGGCCCUUUCCUGUCGGCCUUGGCAAAACUUGCUGCAGUUUCCGUGGAAACUGUUCCAAGGGAGAACCCGGUAACGGGACACGAUCCGCAGCUGCAAGAAAGCACCGUAGGAGUCGUGGAGAGGAAGACUCGUGAAGGCUCUGCGCCCGCCAGUCAGGAGAUAGUCGAGGAAGAGACUAGGCCAGAGCAAACGAAAUCAGCUUCAGUAUCGCCGUGGUCAUUGCGCGAUUGUGGGCCAGCUCCUGGAUUGAAGGGAACGGUUGAUUUGCAGGACUCUUCUAGCAGCUUUUUCGCAAGUCUGGCGACCGGCAAACAACUCUCAGAGAAUGAAAAACUGAGAGAUGAGGGGACACCAUGCAGAAGCGGUGUUCUCGCCGACGUAGCGUCUGCCAGCGCAACGUUUUGUGGAGACAACUCUGAGACAUCUGACCGUGUCUUCGAUGAAGGAAGCGAUGGAGGAGACAGGCAGAGACGACGGACGAUGCCGAAGGAGUGCGGGGAAGAAGUAGAGGAAACACAGCGCGACAACGGAGAUCAAACAGUCGCCAGAGAGGACAUUUAAUGAGGGGGUAGAAGUCAAAAGUAGGGCGGCAGGUUUGUAUGAUAAGAGGCGUGCAAAGUGCCCGAAAACUGCUUAGUAUAGAUAUCGUCAAAAGCGUGACCAUUCAAGAGCAUUUUCUUGGGAGCUACGUGUUACGAGUUGGAUUGCCGGUUUAUGUAGUCGAUGCUUCCAGCUGCCGCACGUCCAGAAAUGCUGGCUGUGGAAGAGUGGCGUGGUUAAAACAGCGGCUGCAGUAGUAGUGUAUUGCAUGGCGGGAUAGGUCAAUCUAGACCCGUCAGUUCAGAUGUCACAAGGCACAUGUUUGUGACUCAGCGGAUUCGACUUAAGUUGUUGGAGAUUCCCCACUGUGUUGUUUAUUGAAACAACAUUAUCAAGACCUUGCUUUGUAUCACUCGUGCCGGGCUUUAACUGAAUGCAUAGGUGGACAUGUGUCUGUCAGUUCCUUACAUACAUGCACAUCGCUUUGUGGAAGUCUUACCACUGCAGGAACGGGGAUUGAUUGUUCGGGAGCGCCACAUGAGGUAGUCGAGUGGCCUUUUCACAGGCGCGUACAUUCGUACUUUGUGCGUUGUGGAAAACUGAGUUCCGCUUUAGUGUCGGGAGAUGUGCCGCCGGACAACCACGUGAGUAAAUUUCGAUGUAGUUUUUUCUACGUGAAUCUUUUCGAUACCGGAAGGACGCAACCUCGCAUGGCGGUUCGAGGUCGCCCGUUGAUGGCAAGCGUUGUUUUGCGGGCUCACUGUCUUCUCCGUGAUCGUCAAAGAUUGGCUGGAGUAGAGAUCAAUCAUGCCGGAAUGUUUGCACCAAGGCACUUGUUUGAUGUUUCACGCUCCCACGUAUUUUGUCUCGAAGAAAGUUGUGCGCUUCAAGAUCGAAACAGAGAUGCUUCGUUUUUCAGUACUCACCGUGGAGGGUGAAAGCGCACACGGCCAGCGAGAUAGUGUUGUUCUGUCUACUGGCGGUGUGGCAACAGUUCGCAAUUUUUUCAUGUACAAGUAGAUUCCGUUGCGUGGUGUCAAAAUUAAGUCGAAAGAGCAGGAGGAGGCACAACAAGUACGACAUCAGAGGAAGAGGAUCGACAGGAAAAUCAGCCUCGACAAGACAGGGCCGAUGAACGGAAAAUUGGUUGUUAUCGUGCAGUUUCUGGUGCAGGUUACCGUCCAUCCCAGGAUGUCAUGAAGUAUUUCACUUGUUGCGCAAGUACCUCGUGUUACGACGUCACAGUUGCUGAAUGUUCUGAGUCUUUUUGCGCGACCUCAAAGUGUCGACUCAGCUCCUGCAGGUCCGCAUGUGCACAACGAAGAAUUUGGCUGUCCGUUCAACACUACAAAGUAAUGUUGGGGGCAGGGACAUGAGAGUGUCUUCGGUCAAGCAUGCCUUUUGAGAGUGCCCACCGGAAAUGUUGUUCACGUUGUAAAAUUUGAUGUGUCGACUUCCUUCAUCAAAUUAGACUAGCUUAUGUUGAGAGCGUUGAUUGCGGAGUUACACACGGUUGACGCUCGCAAACGACUAGUGGGUGCAUGGCUGGACUUUUCCCGGCAGCACGAAGAAGUUGAACAAAAGAGACUGUGGAGGAAGGUCGAGACGGAGUUUUUCUUCUGUGGUUCGUGGAAGGUGGACCUCUAAUAACCAAAAAUUACUUCGUUUGAGCCAUGCGCUUGUAUACUUCUCUGGUAGGAUGAGAUUGAGAUCAGGAAAUCCGGAACUUUUUUAACAGCCGGUCAUCGGAGGCAGGUAAUGUUGGGUUUUUCCAUCGAGUGUACAGUAUGUUAAAAUUGGUUAUGUAGCUUUAAUCCGUUUGCCAAGGUGAUCGCUGUCACGGAAAUGUAAUCGUGACAGUGGGGGUGAUCGGUGUGAGAGGAUGCAGUGAGUGGUUCGACAUGUGAAACAGGGAUGGUGAUAAGGUGAGGAGGUACGCGACCCACUGUGAGGAAUAAGAAGACAUCGCAUAUGAUUUUUUGACAUAUGGGAUAUAUGAAUGUGGGUCGAUCAGUUGAAAUCAGUUCGUUCUUCUACGGAGGAUGAGGUACUGCGUAUGCGAAGCAGACGGCCGAUUCUGUACACAGAGAUGUAGAUCAUUAGGCGACGCCGGGGCGCUCGGCCGCUGGGAGAUGCUGGGUUUUGUUUUGUCAGGCGGCGUUUGAUGGCGGUCUUUGCUCUUACUGGGUAAAAGAGAGUGCAGAAGGGGGGUUUUUUCUCCCUAAAGUUUUCUUUUCGCGGGGACGACAGAGUUCAAAUGCAUCUGCGUUUCGUCUGAUGGAAACAGGCACUGAUUCUGUGUUCCGUCAUGGUGGGAGUUACGACGGUGGACGCGACAGCUUGGCGAGACGUGUUCGCCCAAAUAGUACGUUUUGUGUGCAAGAAUAUCCGUGUGCGAAGAACUGCCACCGACAGCGUUUUCUCCAUGGAAUAGUGAGUGGGUCGGUGCACACCCCGACCUGUGGGGCUUUAUACGAUGUCGUUUUGCGUUGGCAAGCAACGGCGAUGUGUAGCGAUUAGGAUUCGUUGGUUAUCUGGUUGACGUCGACCAAGCGUAUCAAUUUUCGGCUGCCGAAGCGACAAGCAUGCAGGAAAAGAACACCGGCGGGAUUGCGGAAAGGGAGACCUGAAUUUCCAGUACACAACCAUAGCGUAAGGCGGGUUCCUGGACCCUGCGCCGGCAUUAGCUCCUAUGCCCUUUGUGGUGCCCGCCUGGUGACCUUGUGGUGUUCGUGUUGAGUGUAGAUUCCACGAGAACGACAGGUUGUAGCUACGCGGUCUGUGAUACGCAGAUUUGCAUAUGCGUGACGGUUGCUUACGGCCGACAGACUCGUUACGUGCUCUCUGAAUACGAAAGCCAAAAGGGCACCGCACUUUUUGGAAAGAGGCAAGUACGCCUCCAGUGCGUUUGAAUUCACGUCCAAAGCAUCGUGUCUAGUGUUCUUGCCCUCGAGUGAUGUGGCCUGCGCUCAUUGGCGUAACGGCUACUGAAGUGAAGGCGUACAACUGGUUCCUGACUGUCAUUGCCGGCAUCCUUUCUGUAUCGUCAACGGCUCCAAGCUCCUCUAAAAAAGGUCGAAACAGAUACGCUUCGCGCUUGGUCUGCCACUUCUGUGGUGCAGCUUUCAGACAAUAACUACGAAGUAAACUGAGCGCAUGUAAGCAGCUGAGAACGCA